AUGGCCGCGGCCACCUCUAACCCCUACCUCCCCGGCAACGGCAUCCUGGCGGCCGGCUCCAUCGUCCACGCGGACUCGGGCGGCGGCGGCGGCGGCGGCGGCGGCGGCAUGCAGCCGGGCAGCGUGGCCGUCACCUCGGUGGCGGGCGGCUACCGCGGCGACCCGGCGGCCAAGAUGGUCCAGAGCGACUUCAUGCCGGGCGCCAUGGCCGCCAGCAACGGCGGCCAUAUGCUGAGCCAUGCCCACCAGUGGGUGACAGCCCUGCCCCACGCCGCCGCCGCCGCCGCCGCCGCCGCCGCCGCCGCCGCCGAAGCGGGCUCGCCCUGGUCCGGCAGCCCCGUGGGCAUGACGGGCAGCCCCCAGCAGCCGCCGCCGCCGCCCGACGUCAAGGGCAGCGGCGGACGCGACGACCUGCACUCGGGCGCGGCGCUGCACCACCGGCCGCCCCACCUGGGCCCCCCGCACCAGGGGCACCCGGCGGCCUGGGGGGCGGCGGCGGCCGCCCACCUGCCCUCCAUGGCCGGCGGGCAGCAGCAGCAGCAGUCGCUCCUCUACUCGCAGCCCGGGGGCUUCACGGUGAACGGCAUGCUGAGCCCCCCCCCCGGCGGGCAGAGCCUGGUGCACCCGGGGCUGGUGCGCGGCGAGACGCCGGAGCUGGGCGAGCACCCCGGGCACCACCACCACCACCACCACCAGCACCCCGGGCACCACCCGCCGCACCACGGCGGCGUCAACAGCCACGACCCGCACUCGGACGAGGACACGCCGACCUCCGACGACCUGGAGCAGUUCGCCAAGCAGUUCAAGCAGCGGCGGAUUAAGCUGGGCUUCACCCAGGCCGACGUGGGGCUGGCGCUGGGCACCCUCUACGGCAACGUCUUCUCGCAGACCACCAUCUGCCGCUUCGAGGCCCUGCAGCUCAGCUUCAAGAACAUGUGCAAGCUGAAGCCUUUGUUGAACAAGUGGCUGGAGGAAGCCGACUCCUCCACGGGCAGCCCCACCAGCAUCGACAAGAUCGCCGCCCAGGGCAGGAAGAGGAAGAAGCGGACCUCCAUCGAGGUGAGUGUCAAGGGGGCCUUGGAGAGCCACUUUCUGAAAUGCCCCAAGCCCUCCGCCCAGGAGAUUACGAACCUAGCGGACAGCCUGCAGCUGGAGAAGGAGGUGGUCAGGGUUUGGUUUUGCAAUCGGAGGCAGAAAGAGAAACGGAUGACCCCCCCGGGGAUCCAGCAGCAGACCCCCGACGAUGUCUACUCCCAGGUCGGCACCGUCAACUCCGACACGCCGCCCCCUCACCACGGACUGCAGACCAGCGUGCAGUGA